UGACUGCCCGGGCACAUGCAACGGGGCAGAGACACGAUCCCUGGACGUGCUGUGAAGCUUUCCCUGGCCCGGCGUGGGAUCUCAGGGUGCAAGGAGGUGACGAUCAGCCUAGCCAGCAACCCACCAGCAUGCCUCGAGCAUCGAUGCUGCCAUGGUCACUGCUGGGCCUACCCAGUGUGAAGGCAUCAGUCACUGCUGGGUUAUUUGUAACCGUGCUCUGGAACCUCAAGUAUGUUAUCAACUUGUCUGACAUCUUCAGUAAAUCCCCCAAGCACACUAAACCACUGAUGAUCCUGGUCUGGGAAUGGCCCUCCAAGCAGGCCCCAAACAUUAGCACGGACAUUUGCAGAGACCUCUACAAUAUCAUGGGCUGCAGGGUCACCUUGGAUCGGGGGCUCCUCGGCCAGGCAGACGUGGUGGUGUUCCACCAUGAUGUGCUCCAGCAGAACAGAGACAAGCUCCCAAAGGAGAAGCCUCCCGGGCAGAGCUGGCUAUGGGUGUCCCUGGAGUCUCCCACAAACACUAAAGCUUUAGCAGGAUGGAAACAAACCUUCAACUGGGUCAUGACAUACAGACGAGACUCUGACAUCUUCAUUCCCUAUGGCAAGCUUGUGCCCAACUGGUCAGCCACUGUGAACAUCCCCAGGAAGACCAGAUUGGUGUCCUGGGUUAUUAGCAAUUAUCAUAGGACUCAGAAAAGAGCAGAAGUCUACAAAAACCUGUCCAGGUACCUCCACGUGGACAUAUAUGGGAAAGCAAACAAAAAGCCACUUUGCAAGGACUGUCUCUUGCCAACAUUGUCCAAAUCCAAGUUCUACCUCGCCUUUGAGAACUCCAUCCACCGGGACUACAUCACUGAGAAGCUCUGGAGGAACUCACUGAUGGCUGGCACUGUGCCUGUGGUGCUGGGCCCCCCCCGGGCCAACUAUGAGCGGUUUGUUCCUGCAGACUCUUUCAUCCAUGUGGACGACUUUGAAUCCCUGGCAGAGCUGGCCAGCUUCCUGAAGACCAUGAACUCCAGCCACUACCGGCAGUUCUUCGCGUGGCAGAAGAGGUACAGCGUGAAGCUCUACACAGACUGGAGGGAGCGGAUCUGUACGAUUUGCACCAAGUACCCCAGCCUGCCCCAGGGUCGUGUCUAUCCCGACCUGGAGAGCUGGUUCAAUGCCUAGCACAGGGCUGGCAUGUGCGCUCAGCAAUGUCUGGAGAUAUCAAGGAUGCGUGUGGGCAGUAGGUAAUGGUGAGGGGGAGAGUGAAAUACCCUCCUGUGAAACAGCGCACUGAGCACGGAGUGACCCAGGGGUCCUGAUCUCUCAUCCCAGCCCUACUAUUGCCACAGAACGUGACCUUGAGCAACUGUGCAUGACUUGACUUCUUGCAAAACACGACUAAACCCCCCUCCCAGCUCCAUACUGACCUACCUUGCCACGGUGUUUGGGAUGAC